CCUACCUCCGUGUUAAUACCUAGUGAUGAACUGGUUCUCUUUCUCUCCUGCAGCAUCCCGGUCAGACUCGGCGCCUGGCGCUUCCGGGUAUUCUCCACCAAGCUGGCCCAACCGGUCCAUCACCAGCCGCUACAUUGCCAGCCGCGCUGUGCAACGGAGCCUCGCCAUCAUCCGCCAGGCCAAGCUGCGGAAGGAGCGAAAGAAAGAAUACUGCAUGUACUACAACCGCUUCGGGAAAUGCAACCGCGGGGAGAGCUGUCCGUACAUCCACGACCCGGAGAAAGUGGCCGUGUGCACCAGAUUCCUCCGCGGCGCCUGCAAGAAGACGGAUGGGACGUGUCCCUUUGCACACAAGAUUUCGAAGGACAAGAUGCCCGUCUGUUCCUACUUCCUGAAGGGGAUCUGCAGUAACAGCGACUGCCCGUACAGCCACGUCUACGUGUCCAGGAAGGCAGAGGUCUGCUCGGACUUCCUGAAGGGCUACUGUCCCUUGGGGGAGAAGCCCUCCAUCCCGCUGCCUUUCUGCGCCUGCCGAUUUGACCCAUUUGUUCAAGCCAUAUUGCCGUCAUCGUUCCGGCAGCUCCCUUUACGGGCCGAGCCUGCUUAA